CGCCACUCGUCGUUCGUACAGUGAACCUGCCGCCUCGCGCCCGAUCAGUGAAGGGAUACAUCGGUGCUGAACGCUCAAAGGCCUAAAUGUGAAAAUUUCGUGAGUGUUUUUCCACAGGAAAUGUAAGUUAAAAUGUGCAAUCGAUAUUGAAAACUUGAGAAAAUAUACUAAGGUGCUGCGUCCAGAAGACUGAAUCGAUUCACAUUAUAUACAACGCGCGAUUUCAACCACAUACACAAGUGAAAUCAUAGAAGGGUCGCAUCGCGAAAACAAGCACACAACGCAAGUGGAAAACCUAAGAAACAGUAUACAAAAAUACACACAGACAAAUUGGAAAAUAUUUGCGCUUAGGUACGCCAGCAAAGGAAACCAUCGAGGUCGUGAGACUUAAUAAACAAUUGUUUACACACGGGACGCGUUUGCGAGCGCAAAAUCAGCAAAGCUGGCGCCGUUCAAGUUCAAAUUCAACAGAAUGUCCAAGUCGAAUCCGUCGACGCGGAGCAACUCGGUGGAGACCAAUGAAAACUGCGAUAGCGAGUUGAAUAGUCCGCAAGGCGCAGUGCCAGCCAUUCUCGAAGGAAGCGAGGGGGAAGUGGUGCCCACCAGUCCGCCGCCGUCCUACGAAUAUGUUCUCGAAGAAAAUCGAAUGAAAGGAGCGGCAGGAGCGUCUUCGCCCACAAAAGGUCCGGAAAUUCUGCAUAAAUCGUCGAAAGAGCUGUACAAAGCGGUGGCGAAACAGUUUGGCAUCACGUGCAAGAUGUCGGAUCAGUGUCGAUGCUUCGACUGCCAAAGCCACUAUUUUGACUGUGAGUACGAACAGAAUGAACAGGAGAAGACUGACGGGGGACUCGGUGCCGGCACACCAAUGUUCAUUUCGGAGGUGAUGCACGGCACGGCGUGCACAAUUUUAUAAAGUUGCAAGCGCCAAGUCACGCACAUUUCAUGGACAGGGUGAAGCAAAGGUAGUUUCCAAUUCAUUCCAACCAACUAAACACAAGAGAGAAAAUCACACGUCUAACGAAUAAAACAGGAUAAGCGCAGGCAGCAAGAAAGGCAAAUAUAAAAAUCGAUUCAAGAAAGAGGUAACUAACGCAGAAAACUGUGUAAAUAUUAGAUAAUUUGCGUGUGUAUAGUCUGACAAAUAGGGUGCUUUCCAUGAGGAUCUCAAUUUGACGUUUUUUAUAUUCAAGAAAAGAAAUAAACAACAAGCAAAAAUUGCAACUUGCAUUUUCAAGACAUUCAAUGUUAAAACGGAUAACUAAUUAGGAUUAAUACUUAGCUAAGGAUUGAUGUGCUCAUAAACGAUAAAGAAUCAUAAAAAGUACUCGCGUACGAAGCAUAUUAAAUAUUUUCUCACGUGAAAUUUGAAUAUUUUAUAAGUACCAAUAUAAAGUAUAGUCAUGUAAAUUAAGAAGAAAAAGGAUGAGUCAGUGUUGUUGCGCGCGUUGCUCAUCAUCACGAGAAUUGCGUUUUACUCGGGAAAUUGUCAUGCAUCUAGGAACGGGCAUCAUUCGUCGGACGCCUACGCGCGAAUGACACAUAAACGCCAAAAUCUUGGACAUUUUUAGUUAAAAUUUCAUUACUUUCAUUGGUUCGUUUAGCUCGUCACAGCUCAUAAGUUGCCAGCAAACAUUCACUUUGAUUGCAACGCACACAAUAAUAAUAAUAAAACUUUUAAAAAUGUUAUCAAUCUACACGAUCAAAUCAUAUUAUAUUAUCGAAUCUCCAACAACUGCAGUCAGUAUCCCACCAAAGACAAUCAUUUUAGAGAUGGCGUAUGUGAAGCAGAUAAAAGUUACCCAUAAAGGUAAUGUUUGUAACUGCAUUCAUAUUUUAAAUUGUGCGAUGUGAACCAAAACGCAAUUCUCGUGCAUUGUUGCAAAGCUACGUAUCAACUGAACCUAAACCGCCGAUUAUAUUAGGAACUUGUGCAUUUUUCGCUAUUUACUUUCGUGAAAUUGUAAAUUACUACGCAAGAAAAGUACAUAAUAGGAUUUGAUUGAUUUACUUGUAAAUGUAUAAAAUACGCAAACAAAAUUAGUAAUUAUGUAAAACAGACUGUAUGCACAUGAUGAACGUGUAGCAAACUGCACAAAUUUUAAUGCCUUUUCCCGAAGUUAAGAAACAAAUAUUAUAAUUAAUAACACAUCUGGAUGAGUAAAUAAUAUUACCAAAAUAUUAAAAUAAUUUAAAUAGUAACAAAUGAAUUUAAACCUAUGUGUCUACUUAUUAUUAUAAUAAGUACAGUACAAUUAAUUCGAAAUUAUUUAAACAUCUGAGUCACAUGUUACGAUGUUACAACAAUAGCAUUCGGUUGCAAUUAAAGUAUAAUCGGUAAGAUUAUUUCAUGUAAUCCUGGAUAAUUGUGUGGAAAAUCAAUAGAUCUAUGUGAUUUAUUGUCCGCAUGGGAAAGUGAUUAAUCGAGGAUCAAAUGCCAUUGGAAACGAGUUGAACCUUAAACCUUUAAAUUUACUUUGGACGCAGACGAACUUUAUUCUCUUGCGAUUGAUUAAUUUUGUCCUGAUUUUGUUACUAUGAAAAAGGCAAUUUUGUAGAAUGUUAUUAUUGUAAUAUCGGAAUAUAUAUUUGAACGUAUUUGAAAUACGUUUAUCAUAACUCUAUUGGUAAGCAGAACUAAUUCAAAUAACAUUUACCACUAUGUUAAAGUAUAAAAUAAGGUGAACUUAGCGGAGCGUCAAAUUGUAUUUUUUGGGACGUUCUCGCAAAACAUAAAAAGCUUUAAUUAACCUUAAUAUACCAGUAAUAUUAUAAUGAUAUUUAAAACGUUGUGCGUUAUAUAAUGUUGUUCAGUUAAACAAUUAUUAUUAACGUCUAUCUAAUUACUCUAUUCAAGGAUUGUAUAUAUUAAAGAAACAAUGGAACAUAAUUGACUCUCCCCCCAAAAUAACUUGAAAAGAACAGAAAUUAAUUUGACUUUUGAUUCAAGAUGAGCGUUAAUUGCUUAUAGGUUGUAAAAUGCAUAGAAAAGGAAUACAAUGUUCGCAAAAGAGGAAUUAAGCUGAAAAACACGACGAAAUUAAGAUAAGAUUCGCUGAGUCAUAAAUGCAUAAUUAAUUAUAAUAAUCGGUUAAUUGCAUUGAGCCAUAAAUGAUUUACUAAAAACAUAAAGAAAUAAGCUACCAAAAAACGUAAUCGACGUAAUAUUGUGGAACCAGUUACUUAAAUCCUUGUAUAUUGUCAUAUUUUUAUACUCUAUGAAUGCGAAUGAAAAAAAAAUUAUAACAAGACCGGACGGUGAAAUCAAUAGGAAAAUUAAAAAUUAUUACGAUGAAUAUGAAAUAAAUUCAAUUUAAGCGAAUGUCAACUCUAACUCAAAGCGGAGUUUAUGAACAAGAAUUGAAUUGCAAAACAUCAAAGCAAUACAUCUGAUGAAUUGAUGUUGAAUUGAUUUUAGUUUAAUGUAUUUAUUUAAGCAAUAUUUAAAAAAAAGUAAUACAUCGGACCAAUUAAUUUAUUGUUUGACAAUUUAUUUAAUUUAUUUCUCGCGGUAUAUAUUUAUUUCCACUCAAUUCAAUUUAAUUUGUGGUAUUUUAAUUUAGUUUUCGUUUUGUGUGUUAAUGUAACCGAAGCGGUAUGAAAUUAUGUUUGCUUUAGUUUAUUUUACUGCAUGCAUGCGUCGCAUGCAGUAAAUACAUUUCUGGAAAUUAAACUUUUGCAUUAAGGUGGAAAUGUUAAAGAUUAUAUAUCGCCGCAGUUGAUUGCAUACUACACUUAUAAAUCACAAACAUAUCAAUGCUGAAUCUAUUUUCCUCUUCUUAACAAACACGUACCUAAUGAGCUUUUUAUUUUAUUUCUUGUAAUAAAAUAUUAGACGCUACAUCUAAGGCGUCCGACAUUUUGUUGUCUAGUGCAUUGUGCACUGCGCGCAACUACAAUAGUCUACUCUACCUUCUUUAGUGAUUAAGCUGAAUCACACAACAGGGUGCGUUAUAUUUAUAUACACACUAACGUAAAACUAUAACAUUGUAUUAACUUGUGUAAACUCACUUAAUUAAAAGUUGAGAAAUAUAUAAACGUCAAAUGCAACAAACACACAAAGAAAUAAGUAUACACGACCGUAAUAAUUAUAACGACAAUGGCUUAAUUGUUUACUUUCAACAAGUAAGGGCACUAAUACAAGUAUACUUACAUACUCACUGAACAUCAACAGACAUAACUUUAUCUCUAUACGUGUAUUGUAGCAUAUGUCUUUAUUUAUUUUUUGGUGUUCAUUUAUUAGUUUGAACAUGGGUUUAAUUGUCGAUAUAAUGAUGUUUGUCGAUAGCUUCUAUUAUACGUUGACAAAACGGCAAGCGAAUAAUUUCGCACAUCCGUCGGGGGAAAUAAUGUAUUCGUUUUAUUAAUUAGUUUCAAUUGGAAACGAUUCCGACGAUUCCGUAAUAAAUUACUAGAGUUGAAAUGAACACGAAUUGUGGACGCAGUGUUCGCAUGAAUAAUGAAUGACGCAACAUUAAUAUGCAAGAACUUUGUUCGAAAACUGACUGCAUUGUAUUAAAACUGAAAAUAAUAUGAUUAUAUUAUUAUUUUUAAAUUAUAAAUUAAUUAUUAUUGUAUAUUGAUAUGAAAUGCAAAAAUUGAAAACGCAAUUUUCGCAAACUAUGUAUGAUAUUAAAUAAAUUGAAAUACAAAUAUUAAA